GUCAGUCGCGCCGAGUGAGCUCCGUAGCAGCGCCCGAGCGGCCAGUCGCCAGUGUUACUCUGAACGCCGAGCCACUCGCGCACACCCGUCACUCAGUACGCUUUCUCCACACGGCAGCGUGCUCAAGGCAGAGCUGUUUCGACACGGCACUCGGUUGCGAAAGUGUGCGCGAUGAUAUACAAGUGAGAGCCGACAUCGGACGCCAGGGUAACGCUCAUCGCACACGGUGAGCCAGUUUGUUCGACGAGAGACAUUCGAAACUCGCCAGCUGUGAGGGACGGGGGGCGCGCGACGCCGUCGGUCGUACACGCGGGACCAACCUUAACACAUACUUACUUACUCUGAGAGAAGCAACGGAAACCAAUUUUUAAUGUGUCAAGUCAGUAUAGCUUAUUGCUGCUACGUCAGAUCGCUGAACGCCUCGAGCAAGAACUACAAGGUUAUGCAAAUGAGUUCUGAACGCUUCUAUACCAGGAAUAAUCAAAAGACCAUUCACAACUUCAAUAAACUUUAACGUUUACGUUGUACCUUACGGUGUAUAAGUGCUUAUCUAUCGUUUCUCUACCUUAAAUUAUCUUUCGGUGUCGCGUUCGCUAAUUGCUAAUUACUGUGGAAGUCGAGUGAUAAGGAGUGUUGACUGAACGAGCGUUCGGCGUGCGGGAAUCAGAGCUGUUGUAUCCAGCGACGACAAUGGCGGCCCAGCAGGAGGAGAGCCUGCUCUCGCGGUGCGCAAUCCCCAUCAUCGACCUGGCGCAUAUAGGUACAGAUGUGUGCCCCAUGAAAUCAGUGCUGAGGCGCAUUGGACAGCAGCUGUUCACUGCACUCAGUACCAAGGGACUGGCGGUGCUCGUCAACCACGGUAUAGCUGAUGAAAAGCUGAAAGCAGUGUAUGCUGACCUGGACAACUUCUGCGCUCUGCCAGAAGGUUGCCAGGCACAGUACCUUCGCAACCCGGUGAGCAACCAUGGGUAUGUGCGACCAGGCAUGGAGCAGUUUGACACUACUAAGAAGGAGUUACGUCACUCGUUCAACAUCACCACGCUGUCCGCGUCAUCGAUGCCAGCGCAAGAGGAGGUGCCGGAGUUCACUAAGCAUGCCAUCCCUCUCGCACAGGACCUCACCAACCUAUCGCGUGUUGUGCUGCAGGCCCUUGCCUAUGCCAUUGGUGUUCCACCGGCAUCGUUGCUGACGUGUCACUCGGGUAUGCUGAUGGCGGAAGGUCGCAACCCAUCGACGAUGAGGUUGUUAUACUACCCGCCAGUGCCGCCGGAAGACGUGGGGCCAUGUUGCCAGCCCGACGCUGUGCACUACACGCGUUGCGGCGCACACGCAGACUACGGCACUUUCACUCUAUUGGCCCAGGAUUCUGAAGGCGGACUCGAGGUGAAAUUGAACGGCAGUGACAAAUGGGAAAAAGUGGGGCAUCUCCCUGGGGCGAUCCUCGUUCAGUCAGGAGAGUUCCUUGCCGCUUGGACUGCUAAUCUUCUCCCGGCACUUGUGCACCGCGUUGUAGUACCCACAGGAGCGUACGCGCGCGCUCGCGGCCGUCACUGCGUGGCUUUCUUCUGCCACCCGGACAACGACGCCGUGCUGCCGCCGCUGCCGCUGCGCGCCGUGGCCGCACCCGCGCCCCCCUCUUUCACCCCGCACCCCCACCUCACGCUGCACCACCGGCUCCUCAACGCAGCCCACCAUCUCCAGAAACGUUUCCGGGAAACGUACGCGUGACUAGCGCACAGCGGUGGCGACAAGCAACCCGUCUACAAAACGCAGCUUGCACGCCGCCAUACCGCUCCCUAACUUGCCGUGGUUAUGCAAUACUUUCUACCCCGAAAUUAAUAAUACAAUAAUCCUGAAUGUCAUUUAUAAAUGUAUGGUUUGACA